UCACCCCUCCUUCAGCUCACACACACUACUAGCGCCAGCCAGUGGCUAGGGUCCUAUAAACCGUAGAGGUAGCCUUGUGGAGCGUGGAGACUGCGGAUCCUGGGAGCUAGAAGAGUCUCACUCGCAGUCGGAGUUUGGGGACCUGAGCCGCCCGCCCGCGCACCGGUUGAAGCCAGAGCCUCCGGCGCAGAGAGCACGGUCAUGGAUCCCAGCAGCAAGAAGGUGACAGGCCGCCUCAUGCUGGCCGUGGGAGGGGCAGUGCUGGGCUCCCUGCAGUUUGGCUACAACACUGGAGUUAUCAAUGCCCCGCAGAAGGUGAUCGAGGAGUUCUACAACGAGACCUGGAUCCACCGCUAUGGGGAGAGCAUCUUGCCCGCCACACUCACCACGCUCUGGUCCCUCUCCGUGGCCAUCUUCUCCAUAGGGGGCAUGUUUGGCUCCUUCUCCGUGGGUCUUUUUGUAAACCGCUUUGGCCGGCGCAACUCAAUGCUGAUGAUAAACGUGCUGGCCUUCGUGUCCUCUGUGCUCAUGGGCUUCUCGAAAUUGGGCAAGUCCUUUGAGAUGCUGAUCCUGGGCCGCUUCAUCAUCGGCGUGUACUGUGGCCUGACCACCGGCUUCGUGCCCAUGUAUGUGGGGGAGGUGUCCCCGACGGCCCUGCGAGGGGCACUGGGCACCCUGCACCAGCUGGGCAUCGUCGUUGGCAUCCUCAUCGCCCAGGUGUUCGGCCUGGACUCCAUCAUGGGCAACAAGGAGCUGUGGCCCCUGCUACUGAGCAUCAUCUUCAUCCCCGCUGUGCUCCAGUGCAUCCUGCUGCCCUUGUGCCCCGAGAGCCCCCGCUUCCUGCUCAUCAACCGCAACGAGGAGAACCGGGCCAAGAGUGUGCUGAAGAAACUUCGAGGGAUGGCGGAUGUGACCCGUGACCUGCAGGAGAUGAAGGAGGAGAGUCGGCAGAUGAUGCGGGAGAAAAAGGUCACCAUCCUGGAGCUGUUCCGCUCGCCCACUUACCGCCAGCCCAUCCUCAUCGCCGUGGUGCUGCAGCUGUCCCAGCAGCUGUCGGGCAUCAACGCUGUUUUCUAUUAUUCCACAAGAAUCUUCGAGAAGGCGGGGGUGCAGCAGCCUGUGUAUGCCACCAUUGGCGCCGGCAUCGUCAACACGGCCUUCACAGUCGUGUCGCUGUUCGUGGUGGAGCGAGCUGGCCGGCGGACGCUGCACCUCAUUGGCCUGGCUGGCAUGGCAGCCUGCGCCGUGCUCAUGACCAUCGCGCUGGCCCUACUGGAACAGGUGCCCAAGAUAUCCUACCUGAGCCUCGUGGCCAUCUUUGGCUUUGUGGCCUUCUUUGAAAUUGGCCCUGGCCCCAUCCCAUGGUUCAUCGUGGCUGAACUCUUCAGCCAGGGUCCUCGCCCGGCUGCCAUUGCCGUUGCCGGCUUCUCCAACUGGACCUCAAAUUUCAUUGUGGGCAUGUGCUUCCAGUACGUGGAGGAACUGUGUGGUCCCUACGUCUUCAUCAUCUUCACGGUGCUCCUGAUUCUGUUCUUCAUCUUCACCUACUUCAAAGUUCCUGAGACCAAAGGCCGGACCUUCGAUGAGAUUGCUUCUGGUUUCCGGCAGGGGGGAGCCAGCCAAAGUGACAAGACACCUGAGGAGCUGUUCCACCCCCUGGGGGCCGAUUCCCAAGUGUGAGGCACCCCAUACCACCAGCCCGGCCUGUUCCCAGCAGCCCCAAGGAUCUCUCAGCACAGGCAGCUGGAUGUUAAUUUCCAAACUGACAGAUUUCAGAAGAGCUGGGCCUGGGGCUCCUCUCUUCUGCCAGCAGUGAUUUCCAGAAGAAUAUUCAGGACUUUAACGCCGCCAGGAUUUUAACAAAAGCAAGACUGUUGCUCAGACCUAUUCAGAGAAGCAACAGAUUUUAUAAUUUUUUAUUACUGAUUUUAUUAUUAUUUUUGUAUCAGCCAGUCUCCUCUACCCACACUCCAGGCUUCACCCUGAAUGGCUCAGUGCCUGAGGGUGGGGGCCAAGUCCUGCCUAGACAUACUUGCCUUCUCCACCAAGCUAAUCUGUAGGGUUGGACCUAUGACCAAGGACACACUAACUGAACUAUGAACUACCAGGCUUCUACCCCUAGAGGUGGCCACUCACUUCUGCGGUCCUGAAUCUCCCCACUCUAGGAGUCAGGCUCCAUUAGGAUUCACCCUUUCCCAUCUCUUCCUACCCAACCACUCGAAUUAAUCUUUCCUUGCCCAAGACCAGUUGAGAGCACUGGAGUGGAGGGAGGAGAGGGGAAGGGCCAGACUGGGCUGCCAGGUUCUAGCCUCCUUUGCACUGAAGGCCAGACGAUCAGCACGAGAGGAGGGCCGUGGGAGGCGGAGGACUCACUACUCAAGAACACAUGGAUGCUCCUGCCCUGCUGUGUAUAGAUGGAAGAUAUUUAUAUAUUUUUUGGUUGUCAAUAUUAAAUACAGACACUAAGUUAUAGUCUAUCUGGACAAACCAACUUGUAAAUACACCACUGUACUCCUUCUGUACUUACCUAAACAGAUAUAAAUGGCUGGUUUUUAGAAACA